AUGGCUCCCCCAAAGAAAUUUGUUUCUUUGGAUUCUUAUCUAGAUAAAAAACCAGAAGACCCUGCUAUGGUGUCUUCUCCAUACGGUGGAUAUUUUAAAAACCCACACUCAGGCGGUAGUUAUAAUAAUAAUAGUAAUAAUAAUUAUCAAGCCAAUAACAAACACAAUAAUCAAAAAAAUAUGGGAUAUCAACCAUAUAAAAAUUAUAACACCCAUCAAUACAAUAACGGUAACAAUGGUUACCAAGCAUACAAAGAACCAGAGACUUUACAAGAUAACAACAUAAUUAAAGUAAAGCCAAAAAAUUUUGCUGUUGCCAAGUCCGCCACUCUUCUUCAGAGUAACAAUAAUGCUAAUGAAGUGGAUAAGCUUUUCAAAGAUUUAAAAAUUUCCGAUGAUUUUUUGAAAACAGAACUGAGUUUACUAAUUCAGUCCUCUACAAUAUCCGAAUGCAAAACCGUAAUUUUGAGUAUUAUCGACAAGAUUAACUCUAUGGAUUUAAAAUAUAAGGCCUCGGUAAUUGAAACCUGGAAACUUGUUGAGGUAAUCACCAAAUUAUCCAAAAGCAAGAAUUCCGCUUUGUUGAGAGAAAGUUCGUUGCUAUUUAUUUCUCUAUUAGCUAAUAAUGUUAUUUCAGGGAACAACCCUCAAGAGUGCUACUUAUGCGAAUUUUUACCCAUUACUUUGGAUUCCAUGAGUGAUAAAGAGAAUAUUGUUAAACGAGCCGCUCAACAUGCUAUUGACUCUAUUUAUGGGUGUUUCCCAGUUGAAGGUCUUGUUUGCAGCUUUUUUUAUAAAAUUCUAGAAUAUUUGAAAAGUUCCGCCAAAUGGACAUCUAAGAUCGCCGCUUUGAAAUUGGUUGAUAAAUUAAGGGAAGAGUGUCCGAGCGAUAUGCUAGAGUUAACUUUUAAGGAUGCUGUCCCAAUUUUAACUGAUAUUGCAACUGAUUUUAAACCGGAGUUAAGUAAACAUGGUCAUAAGACUUUAUUAAAUUUUGUUAGCGUUUUAGAUAAUUUAGAUUUAUCCCCACGUUACAAUUUAAUUGUUGAUACAUUACAAGAUCCAACCAAAGUUCCAAAUGCCAUCAAAUCAUUAAGCAGUGUUACCUUUGUUGCCGAAGUUACCGAGUCAUCACUAAGUUUAUUGGUUCCCAUCUUAUCUAGGUCUUUGAAAAAUAUUGGUUCUGCUUCCCAAGAACAAUUAAGACAAACUGUUAUAGUUAUUGAAAAUUUAACAAGAUUAGUCAAUAAUCAUUUGGAAAUUGAAAGUUUUAUCCCAGAUUUAGAACCAAUUGUCAAAAAAGUGGUUGAAAUGGCCUCUUUGCCAGAAGUUAGAGACUUGGCCUCUAAAGCAUUGCACGUUUUAAACGAUGACACUGAAUUGAAAAAUGGUAGAUUUCCCGGUAGAAUCACCGAAAAACAAGGCAGGGAAUUCCUUAUUAAAAAUUUAACUCUAGACUAUUUUGAAAAUAACGAAACUAUCAUCACGUAUAUAACAAAGUUAAUCACUUUGGAUGCCAACGUCAAUGAUUGGAAGUCGUUAUCUUCCUACUUAAAGUUAUUCUGUAGUGAAGAAAAAGUUGACAACUUACUAGCUAAAUUGAGAACAACAUUUGAUGCUGAUCGAGGUAUUAGCAGAGAUGAUGAUGAAGCAGGUGCCGUUGAGAUCGUUAACGCUGAUUUUUCUUUAGCAUAUGGUACAAGAAUGUUAUUAAAUAAAACUAAUUUAAGACUAUUGAAGGGACACAGAUAUGGUUUAUGUGGUAGAAAUGGUGCUGGUAAAUCUACUUUGAUGAGGUCUAUUAAUAAUGGUCAAUUAGAAGGUUUCCCAGACAGAAACACAGUUAGAACAUGUUUUGUUGAACACAAGAUCCAAGAAAGUGAAGCUAACAUGGAUUUGGUUACGUUUAUUGCACAAGAUCCUGAAUUGGGCUCUGCAUCUCCUGAGGAAAUUUCUAAAGCUUUGGAAGAAGUUGGUUUCAAUGAGGAAAGAAGAAAUCAAUCGGUUGGUUCUUUAUCAGGUGGUUGGAAAAUGAAAUUAGAAUUGGCUAGAGCUAUGUUAUUGAAAGCUGAUGUUUUAUUGUUGGAUGAACCCACUAACCAUUUGGAUGUUUCCAAUGUUCAAUGGUUGGAAGACUAUUUGUUAAAACAUACUAAUAUUACUUCUUUACUUGUUUCUCAUGACUCAAGAUUUCUAGAUGCUGUAUGUACUGAUAUCAUUCACUACGAAAAUAAAAAAUUAGUUUAUUACAAGGGUAACUUAGCUGCAUUUGUUGAACAAAAACCUGAAGCCAAAUCGUACUAUACUUUGAGUGAUUCCAACGCCACUAUGAGAUUCCCACCACCGGGUAUUUUAAGUGGGGUGAAGUCGAAUACCAGAUCCGUUGCUAAAGUGACUGAUAUCAGUUUUAGCUAUCCAGGUGCUACCAAACCAUCUUUAGAAAACGUUUCCUGUUCACUAUCCCUAAGUUCCCGUGUCGCGGUUCUAGGUCCAAAUGGUGCUGGUAAAUCCACUUUGAUCAAAUUAUUGACUGGAGAAUUAGUUCCAGACUCUGGUAAAGUGGAAAAGCACCCCAAUCUACGUAUUGGUUAUAUUGCACAACACGCUUUGCAACACGUCAAUGAACAUAAAGAAAAAACUGCUAACCAGUAUUUGCAAUGGCGUUAUCAAUUUGGUGAGGAUCGUGAAGUUGUUUUGAAGGAAAGUAGAAAGAUUUCCCAGCAGGAAACUGAGAUUAUGAAAAAGGAAAUUGACAUUCAAGAUGGCAGGGGCAAAAGACAAAUCGAGGCAAUUGUUGGUAGACAAAAAUACAGGAAAUCUUUUCAAUACGAAAUUAAAUGGAGAUAUUGGAAGCCCAAGUACAAUUCCUGGGUCGGCAAAGAAUUUUUAGAAAAAGAGGGUUUUGGCAAGCUAGUUCAAAAAUUCGAUGAUUUUGAGGCAUCGAGAGAAGGUCUAGGUUAUCGUGAAUUGAUUCCAAGUGUUAUCACAAAGCAUUUUGAGGGGGUUGGUUUAGAUGCUGAAAUCACUAACCACACCCCUCUAGGGUCUUUAUCUGGUGGCCAAUUGGUUAAAGUUGUUAUUGCCGGUGCUAUGUGGAAUAAUCCACAUUUACUAGUCUUGGAUGAACCCACCAAUUAUUUAGAUAGAGACUCGUUAGGGGCCUUAGCUGUUGCUAUUCGUGAAUGGAGUGGUGGUGUUGUCAUGAUUUCACACAAUAACGAAUUUGUUGGAGCUUUAUGUCCUGAACAAUGGCAUGUUGCUGAUGGUAAAUUGGUCCAAAAAGGUGUUACCGCAAUUGACCAGAGUAGAUUCGAAGAUGGUGGUAAUGAAAAUGCCCAUGGUUUGAAGAAUGCUAUGGCUAAAGGUUCUAAUAUUGAAGAUGAUGACUCCCCAGCCAAUAUUAAAGUUAGAAGAAGAAAGAAGAAAUUAACAAGAAAUGAAAAGAAGUUACAAGCAGAACGUCGCCGUCUACGUUACAUUGAAUGGUUAUCUUCUCCAAAAGGUACUCCAAAACCGGUUAACACUGAUGAUGAAGAUGAAGGUGACGAGUAG